AUUUAGGGGCGUGUCAAAUGACGUCUUUAAACUCCAGCAUGUUCUCGACGCUCUAUUUCUUCUCUCAGCUGAUUAUGACGUAAUAUGAAACAACAACGAGUGUAACUGGUCUGGAGAACUGCAAGUUUUGUUACCCGUGGAGUGGAGCCCAGAGGCGACGGCUCUCUGCUGCGGCGAGACACACCGGCAAGAAGAGACUGUUGUAGAAACACGGCGAUCGCUGUCAACAACCGCCUCAUCUUCUGUCAAACUCACAAGGAGAGUGUUGGAGAGUGGUGACAGGAGGCGUCAUGGUGGAUUACUACAACAUUUUGGGAGUAUCCAAAACAGCCUCUCAGGAUGAUAUCAAGAAGGCCUACAGGAAACUGGCACUUAAAUGGCAUCCUGACAAAAAUCCAGACAAUAAAGAGGAAGCAGAGAAGAAGUUUAAAGAACUCGCCGAGGCAUAUGAAGUUCUCUCUGACCAGAAUAAACGCGGUGCUUACGACAGAUAUGGAAGUGAAGGAUUGAAACACUCAGGCUCUUCCUCAAACUUUUCUUCAGAUUUCCCAGGAUUCGCCUUCACAUUCCGCAGUCCAGAGGAGGUUUUCAGGGAGUUUUUUGGUGGCCAGGAUCCUUUCGCCAGCUUCUUUGAUGACUUAUCAUUCGGGGGUUCGACCUCUCGCCUGGGGCCUAACCGUUUUUUCUCGUUCCCUUCAGCUGGAGGUGAAUUUGCAUCUUUUCCAUCCAUGGGUGGUUUUCAUGACCUGGGAGGUAUGGGAGGUGGCAAUUUCAAAUCUGUGUCUACUUCUACCCGCAUCAUAAAUGGCAAGCGCACAACCACCAAGAAGAUUAAAGAGAAUGGCCAAGAAAGAACAGAGAUCGAAGAAGAUGGCGUGUUAAAGACUGUGCUGAUUAAUGGCGUGCAGGAUGAAAUGGCUCUGGCACUGGAGCUGAGUCGACGAGAGGGACAGCCUCACCAACCGAAUCCCUCAAUCGAAAACCGGUUACGUCACGAACCUGGCAGAACUUGGCCCAGCCCGUUUUCGGCAGGCACGCAGCGUUCAUUCAGUGCCGCCCCUUUCUACCGUUACGGAGGAGUCGGUGCGAGCGAGCAAGACGAGGACGAUGAAGAACUCCAGAUGGCGUUGGCGUGCAGCUUGUCAGAAAUGGAAGCCCAGCAGAAAGCAGCUGCUCCCGACGUCAUAUCAGACUCAGACUUUAAGGCCUUCACCAGCUAACCCGAUUGCCUCAAGCUACGCUGUGACCACGCCCCUCAUCUACUGAUUUUACAAUGUCUCAUGAUGCAUUUGUCUCCCCUUGCCCAACAAGACCUCUACAUGAUGAAUGACUCUUACAUUGAGGUUUGCUUUGUGUGUAUGACUGUGAAUGAGCAUAGCUACUCCACACUGGCCGGAAAAACACUGGAAAAUUAAUAAUCUCUGGAUUAAUCAAUUUUGUUCAUGCUACGUUGUCAAUACUGGACAAUAAUGUACAGGAUAAAAGAUGGAAGAACAAUUAACGUAACCAUUUGAAAUCUUUUAACAUACGUAUAAGGUAAAGCAAGGAAAUAAAGUGUUUCCUUCUGA